UGCAUUCAUUCGUCCAAAAACAGCCUCGUCUUCGUCUUCUUCAGCGUGGGGAUUGUUUUUCGAAGGGGGAGAAGAGAGACGAAGAGCAGCUAUCUGCUCCGUCUAUUUAUUUUUUCAACGUCUAUUCCGUUAAUUCGUGAGGACGCUAUCACUCAGGCUAUUUUUGUUGCCGAAAUCGCAGUUCUCGCAGUUCUUGCAUCGAGGAUAUAUUGUUCUUAGUUGAAGGCCUCGAGGAGGAUUUGCGCGAUGAGCAAGGGCGUGUCCAAGGUGGGAAGGGCCAUCGACUGGGACUACCUGAACAAGGUGGUGGUGUCGGCGGACGGGAAGCGCCACCUCCAGGCGCUGCGUCGUGCUUACGACGACGUUGCUAUCACCAUUGUCGAUAAGUUCAGCAUGAAACCUCCAUGCAUCAAUUGGGACCUCUACAAGGAAAAGCUGGGCCCACGCAUCGUGGACGUUUUUGAGAAGUCGAUCAACUCUCUUGAUAAGGAGGUGCCCAAUUAUGAGUGCGACUACACCAGUGACUAUCAAGUAACGCACCGAAAAUUGCUAAUAAAGGCUUGCGAAAUGGAAGCCCAAUCGAAGAAGAAGAUCAUUACUAUUGACGAGGAACUUGCCAGGAUUCGAGACGAGAAGGAGGGACUGGCCACAGUUACAGUGGAUGAGUACCUGCUCAAUUAUCCAGCACUGCAGAAGAAAAUAGACGACGAGAUCAGGAACCACAGUUGGGGCUGAUUUCUCAUGGAACUGCAGGAGUGACAAAUUUAACGCAGAUAGAGAAUAACAAAUGUGAAUGUGCUGGUGGCUGUCUGGAAGAGUGUGAUACGCAUGCUUGGCAGUGGGAGUUAAAGAAGACAGUGAUUCACUUAGACCAUGGAUUCUUAGGACCUAAGCUUCAGCUUUAUUUUCAAUACAAUUGUUCAAAAAUUUAUUAAAUAGACUUGUACACUUCUACAAUAUAAAAUAGAGCAACAAACAAAGAUUAAAUUUGCAAUUCA